AUGUCCCACUGCAACCUCUCUAGAUCCACUGGCGGAAUACCUCAAAAAAGGCGAGAAGGCCAUGGUAGCCCUGGAUGUGGAAAUUUGCUCGAAGAUGGGGCAAGAAUUCUUGAGAAAAACGGAAACGCUGCUGAUGCUGCCGUGACUGUGGCGCUCUGUCUCGGUCUGAUAAACUCCCACUCAUCAGGUAUUGGUGGAGGUGCUUUCAUAGUUUCAUGGAAAGAUGACGAAACGAUCAGCAUUGACGCCAGAGAAACAGCGCCGCUGAAGGCCCACAAGUUCAUGUAUGAACACUUCCCGCUUUUGGCUCAGUUUGGCGGUUUAGCAGUCGCGGUUCCUGGCGAAUUGGCAGGUCUUUUUGAGCUACACAAAUCUCACGGCUCGGGCAAUUUCUCUUGGGCCGAGUUGAUCGAACCUGUGGUUGAGCUCAACAGAAACGGUUGGGCCGCCGAGGAAAUCUGGAUCUCGUCAUUGCACCGCAUUCACAAGGAUCUUUUGCAGAGAGUGCCACUUCUUAAAGACAAAUGGGAUUUUAUCUUUAAAAAUGACGGCAAAAUUGUGGACACUGGCGACUGGAUUACCCGUCCAACGUACGCUAACACGUUAGAACUCAUUGCCAAAAACGGAUCCAGUGCCAUUUUCUACGACCCUCAUGGACCUAUUGCACCCAGAUUGUCCCUGCGCGCCAGUGAGUGUGGAGGUGUGGUUACCCCAGACGAUUUUGCCGCCUACAAGCCUGAGAUAGAGAAAGCGCUUCGGUACAAGUUCGACGCUGAGGGAGAUAAUUUCGAACUAGCCACAACAGGAGGCGUUUCUUCCGGACUUGCAUUGAUUGCAGGUCUCAACUUUUAUUCUGUUUUGGAGAAACUGGCACCAGACAUUGGUCUUUCUGCGCACAGACUUUUAGAGGCCAUGAAAUGGACCGCUAGUGUGCGGUCCAAUUUGGGCGACCACAACGCGACAUUUUUCCAGGGUCUUGUCCUGCGUUUUUCGUCGCAGGAAUGGGUGCAAAAUCUCUUGAAGCAGGGAAAGUACUCCGACAACACGACUUUUUUGUGGGACCACUAUGAACCAAAGUUUCAGCUUACUGAGCCCAAGGGCACCUCGCAUUUCCUGGUGGUAGACGCCAACGGUGGCGCUGUUUCGAUGACGACCACGGUCAACUUGAUCUUUGGCUCGCUGGUUUAUGACAACGAAACAGGCGUAAUUCUCAACGAUGAGAUGGACGACUUUUCCAUGCCUGGCACCAGCAAUGCUUUCAACUUGACUCCUUCCAUAUACAACUUUAUCGGCCCAGGAAAGCGUCCAUUGUCUCUGACGACACCUACCAUCAUCAAGAAAAAUGGGGAGUUUUUCAUGCUCAUUGGCGCCGCUGGCGGGUCUCGUAUUGUGACCGCCGUCCUCCAAGCUAUUGUUCGCUCCAUUUAUGAGAAGCUUCCGCUACUCCAGACCAUCCUGUACCCUAGAUUGCACCACCAACUUAUUCCAGAGUUUGUCAUGGUUGAAGAUGUCGAAAUGUUUGAUCAGUCUGAUCCCGGAGUGGUCAAACAGCUAGAGCUGCGUAACCAUACACUCUACGAGUCUGGAGCUUUGACGGCGAUGAACGCCAUAAAGAGAGUGGGUGAUGCAUGGGAAGGUGUGAGCGACCACUGGAGAAAAAGAGGUAUUGCUGCAGGCUGUUAG